AAAGCAUAUUAAGUUAAAUAGUAACAAUGAGUACGUUUAAUUAGACGAGCACGUCUAGAGAACCCUCUAAUCGCCUAUUCCUGAUCCUUUAAAAUUUUUGCCGUAAAUGAAUCUCGAACAAUAAUUUAUCCGCGAUUUAAAACGAACCUGACAGGGCUAAGGGUAGUGGUGGACGAUAUUCAACGAUAUUCCUAGAAGCAGAAGAUUUAAUCGAAAUCAACACAUCAAUUAUUCAAGCGAAAAGAUUUUAAUUAGAGCGAAACAUGCCUUACGCUAAUCAACCGUCUGUACACAUUUCCGACCUCACCGAAGAGAACGUCAAAUUUCAAGUGGAAGACACCGAAUUGAGUGUGGCGAAUAGCAUGAGAAGGGUUUUUAUUGCUGAGACACCGACCAUGGCUAUUGACUGGAUACAACUAGAAGCCAACUCGACGGUGCUAAGCGAUGAGUUUUUAGCGCAUAGAAUUGGAAUGAUACCGUUAAUUAGUGACGAUGUAGUAGAUAGAAUUCAGUAUACCAGAGAUUGCCAGUGUAUGGAUUUCUGUCCAGAAUGCAGUGUCGAAUUUACCCUCGAUGUAAAGUGUACCGACGAUCAUACAAGAAAUGUCACAACGGCAGAUUUUAAGUCAAGCGAUGCCAGAGUAUUGCCUGUUACAUCCCGACAUCGAGAAGACGAUGCCAGCGAGUAUGGGGAAACGGAUGAAAUACUAAUUGUAAAAUUACGGAAAGGCCAGGAGUUAAAGCUCAGGGCAUAUGCUAAAAAAGGGUUCGGCAAAGAGCACGCAAAAUGGAAUCCUACAGCAGGCGUGAGUUUUGAGUACGAUCCAGAUAAUUCUAUGCGUCACACCUUGUUUCCAAAGCCUGACGAAUGGCCAAAGUCUGAGUACAGCGAGUUAGAAGAAGAUCAGUAUGAAGCACCUUUUAAUUGGGAAGCCAAGCCAAACAAAUACUAUUUCAACGUCGAAAGCAGCGGAGCACUGAAACCCGAAAAUAUAGUAAUGAUGGGCAUAGCAGCUUUAAAGAAUAAAUUAUCUAACUUACAAAUGCAGUUAAGCCACGAAGUUCAAAGUGAUGCGCUCAGUAUUCAUCAUUAAUUCAUAAUUUAACAUUUAUCGUUCCCCUAGUGUUAAUUCCGGUAGAUUUAAAAAAUGACUGCGCUAUUAUUGCAGCAAUAAAUAUUUUGAUUACAUAUCAUUUUAUCGACCUUUUCUACGCUCAACAUGCUAAACUGUAAAGUUCUAAAUUGUGAGAAUAAAUGAUGUUCUUACCGAUA